CAAGUUCAGAAAGGAGAGGGCAGGAGGGAGGUACCCUCACGUAGCUGUCUCGGUCUUGCUUUUCUACAGAAAAUAGUUAACUCGGCUGAAACUGAAACAAGGCAAAAGAAAAGCCCCACCAGGCCAUCUUUCUCCUUCGUUCUCUCAGUUUACUGCUCAAGGAAGCUAUUUUGUACAGGCUGGAGUGUAGGACAACAAACUUUUGGUUGUUAUUUUUUCCCCUUCCUCAGUGUUUCCUGUGAAAAAUUUGGACUUUCUCAUCUGCAGAGCAACUUCUUCACCGGAGGAGGGGUGGAGGAGAGGUAGGAGGGGAGAAGUUUUUCUCAGUCUGUCGCUCACUCUUGCCUUGCUGGGAUAAUGAAAGAACAAGUGUGAGUGCAGGUCACAAAAAUCAAGAGGGAGAGAAAAAGAAAGGAAGGAGCAGUGCUUCCUGGAUAGGGAUCUCCUCUUGACUCCUCUAGGAGAGGGGGUGAACACAGAACAGAGACUCUGUAGCAGUGUGUUUGUGUGUGGAUCAGCGUGUCCACACCCUCACGGUCCUGCUCUCUGAGGGAGGUAGAGCGUGCGUGUGUGUGUAGUGAGGGAUGGCCAACGUCAGCCCCUGCAUGUCGUCGGGACCCCUGUCCCAGGUCUUCUUCCACCCAGGGGGCCCCUCUCCCCCAAGCUCCGUGGUGAUGCAGCAGGGGACCCCCAUGGCUGUGCCUCCCACCUCUACUCAGGGUGGCUUCCCCCCUGUGGACCUGGGGGCCGGGCAGGGCCCUGGGGGGGCUGCCAUGUCCCAUGUGCCCCCCAUCCCGGCAGGGGUCUCCUUCAUCCUCCAGAUUGGGCUGACCAGAGAGUCAGUGCUGCUGCCACAGACCGCUGACUUAGCCUACGUCAAACAGAUUGCCUGCUCCAUCGUAGACAUCAAGUUCCCAGAGUGUGGCUUCUAUGGCAUCUAUGACAAGAUCCUGCUAUUUAAACAUGACACAGGCACCAACAACAUCCUGCAGCUGGUCAAGGCUACCCAGGACAUCCAGGAGGGAGACCUGGUGGAGGUGGUACUCUCUGCUGCUGCCACCUUUGAGGACUUCCAGAUUCGACCUCAUGCCCUGAAUGUCCACUCGUACCGUUCCCCGGCCUUCUGUGACCACUGUGGAGAGAUGCUGUUUGGACUGGUCAGACAGGGCCUCAAAUGUGACGGCUGUGGAUUGAACUACCACAAGCGCUGUGCCUUCAGCAUCCCCAACAACUGCAGCGGCGCCCGCAAGCGCCGCCUGUCCACCACGUCUCUGACCAGUAGCCAGUCGCUGCGUCUCUCCACCAGCGAGUCCCUGAGCAGCGUGGGCUCCAGCUCAGUCAGCACCUGCAUGGAGGAUGCCAGCCUGAUCCGCCCUCACACCACCCAGACGCUCUCGAACUCCACCUGUACCGCGUCAGCAUCCCUGGGCCUGUCCACCAGCCCCUCCAUCACUAGACCCAUGGCCCGCGCUAACACUCAGAUGCCGCGAACCCCCAGCGAGGCGCGGCGGUUCUACACGGGCCGGCCGGUGCACCUGGACAAGAUCCUGAUGAGCAAAGUGAAGGUGCCACACACGUUCGCCGUGCACUCCUACACGCGCCCCACCGUGUGCCAGUACUGUAAGAGGCUGCUCCGGGGCCUCUUCAGACAAGGGCUGCAAUGCAAAGACUGCAAGUUCAACUGCCACAAGCGCUGUGCGUACAAGGUUCCCAACGACUGUCUGGGGGAGACCAUAGGAGACAUGUUGAGUCCCAGUGUGGACCACGAGGUGCCUAUGGACUACAGUAGUGAGUAUGCCGACUCAGACAAGUCUUCUCUGAUGGACGAUUCAGACGAGACCUGCAGCAUCCCUGGGUCUUUCUCCCCUGAGAGCAGCCAGGAUGGGGUCAGCGGGGACCAGAGUGCUAACAUCCCGUUGAUGAGAGUGGUUCAGUCCAUGAGGCAGACCACCCGUCGCUCCAGCACGUCCAUCAAAGAGGGCUGGAUGGUGCACUACAGCAACAAGGACACACUGAGAAAGCGGCACUACUGGCGUCUGGACUGCAAGUGCAUCAUCUUGUUCCAGAACAACACCACCAACAAGUACUAUAAGGAGAUCCCUCUGUCUGAGAUUCUGGAGGUGCGCCCCUCAGGGGACUUCACCCUGGUUCCUCCGGGCACCAGCCCCCACUGCUUCGAGCUUGUCAUGGGAGCCAUGCGCUACUUUGUAGGGGAGGACCCCAACAUCCAUGUCCCCGCCCUGCCCCCCACCACAGCCCAGGCCUUCCCCCCCACACCCCCCUACCCCAGCAACGUGGUUCCCAAUAGCGGCGUGGGGCGGGAGGUGGCCAAGGUGUGGGAGGGCGCCAUUCGCCAGGCCCUCAUGCCAGUCAUCUUCCAGGAUGCACCACCGAUAGAGGGACACACUCCUCACAGACAGGCUUCAGUCAGCAUCUCAGUGUCCAACAGUGUGAUCCAGGAGAACGUGGACAUUGGCAUGGUGUAUCAGAUAUUUGCAGAUGAAAUCCUUGGUUCUGGCCAGUUUGGAGUGGUGUAUGGGGGGAAGCACAGGAAGUCGGGGCGUGAUGUGGCGGUGAAGGUGAUUGACAAGCUGCGCUUCCCCACCAAGCAGGAGAGCCAGCUGAGGAACGAGGUGGCCAUACUGCAGAGUCUACGUCACCUGGGCAUAGUGAAUCUGGAGUGUAUGUUUGAGACUCCAGAGAAGGUGUUUGUGGUGAUGGAGAAGCUCCAUGGAGACAUGUUGGAGAUGAUCCUGUCCAGCGAGAAAGGAAGGCUCCCAGAGAGGCUCACCAAGUUCCUCAUCACACAGAUUCUGGCAGCCCUGAGGCACCUGCACUUUAAGAACAUCGUCCACUGUGACCUGAAACCUGAGAAUGUCCUGCUGGCCUCUGCCGAGCCCUUCCCCCAGGUGAAGCUGUGUGACUUUGGCUUUGCCCGUAUCAUUGGUGAGAAGUCGUUCAGGCGUUCGGUGGUGGGCACCCCGGCCUACCUGGCCCCAGAGGUGCUCCUCAACCAGGGCUAUAACCGCUCCCUGGACAUGUGGUCUGUAGGAGUCAUCAUGUACGUCAGCCUCAGUGGCACCUUCCCCUUCAACGAGGACGAGGACAUCAAUGACCAGAUCCACAACGCUGCCUUCAUGUACCCACCCAACCCCUGGAAACAGAUCUCGCCUGAUGCCACUGACCUGAUCAAUAACCUGCUCCAGGUGAAGAUGAGGAAACGCUACAGCGUGGACAAGUCUCUCAGUCACUCCUAUCUACAGGACUACCAGACGUGGUUGGAUCUGAGGAAGCUGGAGACCAAGCUGGGUGAGCGUUACAUCACCCAUGAGAGUGACGACUGCCGCUGGCAGAUGUUUGCCCGCGAACACACGCUCCCCUACCCGGCCCACCUGGUGCCCCCUCUGCCUGCGCUCGGCUCCGACGAUGAGGACGCAGACAUGCAAGGGCUCACCGAGAGGGUCAGCAUACUCUGAGAACCUGGAGAGCCAGGACCCACGAGGGCCCAAGGGACUCAGACUGACCCAGGGAAGAGGAGAGGAGUGUGGGGAGCGAGUAGAGAGAGAGAGGGGCUGGGUGGAUGGAGGUCUUGAGAGUGGGGAGGGUGAGGCUGGGAGGUUUAGCUGUUAGAAAAGCGCCUUCUAUUGAGAUGAUCCCACUCCGGCCCUAGCCUGUCCAAUCUCCAGACCCCAUCCUUGACCCCUCUCUCAUCGGUCUAGCUUAGCUCUUCCAACCUUGAACUCUUUGCGUGUAAGAGAUUGCUCUUCUGUAUCCCACGAGGACAUGCUGUACUGUACCCAGUGGUCAGGGGAUGUGUAGAAUAUUGUUGCUGCAGUGUGCUCAUUCAGUCUAAACUGCAGUAUGGCAGAGGUCAGUUUGGGUGAAACACUCAAAUUGCAAUCUAAGCUCCUGGCAGAGGGACAACUUGCAUCUUUCUAUCUCAGAAGCCUGGGGAAGCACAGGGAUCCCCUGCUUAUUGUGAUGAGAGACAGGGAUAGAGACAGACAAAAAACUUUAAGGACUCGGAUCAAUCCACUUAUGCAUGACUUAAAUCCACCCAUAAACAAAUCCCCAUGAACUGUUUUAUUUUCAUUGAAUGCGAUGACUGGAAGUGCCCUGCCUGUACUGUCAGACCUGUUUGCUGCAGACCUCAAAUAGUUUAUUGGAGACAAAGGAGUCAUUUAGUGCCUGUAAGUGGUAGAUAAAGGGCUUCUUAACUGUAGGCAGCAGACCAGCGCUAGUGGGCUGUCAUGGUCUCCGAGGAAAUCUGCCGUUCAAACGACGACAAAGAAAACAAAGCCAGAAGUGGAUGUAGCGAUCAAGGAUUGCACCUUUUAAACUGUCCACUGAUACAGUCCUAGUUGGUCCAGCGUUCAUUAUUGAUGAUGACUUAUUAGUGGAGACUGAAGACUCGCUUAUCAUCAUCAUCGGAAGUGCUAAUUCACGAGUCCUGGCGAUUCGAGGGUGUCCUAGACCUGUAGACAUGCACUGUUACAAUAAAGGCAAUGCUGACGUUUUCUGAAUAGUUUGUCAUGGACACCAUUAAACACCAAUGGACAGUGUGGAAAAUGCUAUUGCUCUUCGAGUUACAGUAGAAAGACGACAAACUGCUCUGGUGUCAACGUUAAAGUGUGGGAGGAGGGCUCCGAUAGUGAUCGCUGACUAUGAACCUAGCAUGUCAACGAGUUGGAUGUCCAUGUGAAGUCGAUUUGUCUCGAAGAAAAGCAUUGUCACGAAGGACUGUGAUGUAUACGGAUAACCAUGUCUUUAUGUAGUGUACUCGAUGUAAUGCCUGGAGAAUGCAAACCUAUGGAAGAUCCCAGCAUUUAUAUGUAACACCAGUACAAACCUUGACAUACGAUUGUUCAUCUGUGUCAUUUAAUUCAGCGCGUUGCCUCUUGAACGUUGAGACGGAAGAUUACGGAGAAGUAUAGGAGGAAAUAAUGAUGGUGAUUAUGCAUACCGCUCUUCAGACAUUACCUGCUCAGAAUUUCCAUCACACUGGAACAUAGACACUAUGUGGAUUGAAUGACAAAUUGAGAGCGAUAAAUGUAUAUAUAGCGAGCGUCAAUAAAUAAUCAACAUGUAUGGAUUAUGUUUUCCCUCGCGAGAUGUCUGCUCCCUUUAUGAUUGACAGGCCAAUGUCUGCCUAUUUAAUACAUCAUCAUGGGUGGCCUGCCUCCAAGGCCUUUUCACAGCCUGUCAAUCAGCUCUCCUAGAUAACGAGUGUAAAUUACAUGCUACACAUGGACAGAUGGGAGAGAACUGGGGCUUCAGAUGGACAUGAGGGGGGGGAACUCAUUCCAUGGAAGGCGAGUGUCUGCGGAUUUUUGUUAUUUUCUUUCAAUUUGUGUCCAAUUAAGACCUAAACAACCAGAUAAGGGGAGUUCCUAGCUAAUCGGGGACCUUAGUUGUUCCAUAAUGGACAACGGCGGAGAGAGAACCGCAGCCACUCGUCCCGCCAUGAAAUGAGUUUGACACCUGUGCCACGUGUCAGGACACAAAGCCAGCGUUUUGCAUUAUUCUACACGAGCAUAUUACGAGAGCCUUGUGGCCAGCUCUGAAAGAAAGGACCACUUGUUAAUUAUACUUUUUCAUAUGUAAUUUAGCAGGCACUUUUAUCCAAAGUGACUUAGUCAUGCACACAUUCUCAUAUAGGUGGCCCCAGGGGGGAAUUGAACCCACAGCUCUUGAAAUUGCAAUGCUCUACCAACUGAGCCACAUGAUCAUACUGAAUGGUGAGAGCUCUUCACUAGACUGCUGGGUCUGCCAGAGGGACAAUUGUUACUCUUACUGCCUUGGAAAGGUCAAGAGGGGAGCAUGGUUGGAGGAUAAGUGGCCGUCUCACCCAGCAGGUAAAAAGGACAUCAUAUUCUGAACCUAUUGGUGGCAGCAACAAACCCAUCAAACCUGGGUUCAAAUACAUGUGUAUUUGUUAUUGAAAUACUUACUUUCUGUGUCUUUUGAGUAUUUUCAAAUAAUGUGGCCCGAAUCAGCUACUUCUAUUGGAAGUAUUUGAAAUAUAUAUUUUUUAAUGUUCUAUAAAUAGCCUACUAUUUCAAAGUACUUAUUUCAAAUGCUAUCUUUAAAAACCAGGGUUAAAUGCAUGGGAUAUAUUUGAGUGAGUGUAUUUAAGUAUUUUCAAAUACUUGAAGGGUUUUUCCAGAUACAUUCAACUAGCUGUCUUUUCAAUAAAAACAUUUUUUUAAAUAUAUCCAAAUGUCUUUGAAAGUAAUUGAAAUACACUAAAUAGUAUUUUAACCCAGGUCUGAAACCUAUACUUAAAUAGUUUUAAAUGAUGUGAUGUGAUCCACAAAGCAUGGUCCCUUUGCAGUCAAGUUAUUGAAGGGGGUAUUUAAAUGAUAGGACAAUGCCGAGACGUUUAGGUGCCAAGGCAACAGAAAAUAGGCCGACAGUAUACAUGUUCGACUAGUACAGUUUUCGUCUCGCUACAAUGCCAAACAAGGUCAUCAGUUGGAAGACAUCACACGCACACCCUGGUGCUCAUCCUGUCGAACUGAUCUGUGCAUGUUGGUAGGCCUACUGCAGCUACGGCUGCAUACGUGUUCUAGUUGGGCGCAACUCUCUCAUGUGUUCUAUAAAACGACGGUUGUUGAUGUGCACGGCUACAUUUCAGCAGCAGUAGGAACCAAUCUAACUUGUGUUAUUAGGGCUCUAACACAAUACUAGUUGUGGAUUUAAAAAUGCCCACUCAUGUAUGUCAUCCUGGAGCCAGGCAGAGAGAGAGAGCGUGAAAGACCGAGAGAGGGGAAAUGGGGAGCGAGACGGAAAAUAUUUGAACAUUUUGCGCUAAGCAUGUCUCAGUACCCCACCUCUGCUCUCCUCCCUGAGAUCAGUUAGUUCCCGCUGCUUGUGUCUGCCAAAACUCUGCACUGCAUCAUACAGCAGUUAUGUAUACAGCAGUUACGCCUGUCUCCUGUAGCGUUCUUUAACGGCUAGUAUCAAGCUCAUCUGUACUUAGCAAGUAGGAAAAUACAAUUUGGGUAGAAAUGGCAUGGAAAAAGACUGGUGACAGUCUUACUCUGCUCUGAGUGCACAACUGUGAGUGUGUACGUCCAACUGUAUGUCUAUUGGUGUCUAGAGAUAUUCAUUCUAAAUAAAUAUUACUAAGGCCUAGAGAUAAAAGACAUCGGCAUAGCGGUGUUUUGGCUGUGUAGGAGGUGGAACUGUGUUGGAGCGUUCAAAUCGGUGAGUAACUGCUCUUGCAAUGACUGUCUUGAAUCCACGCCUGUCUCACUCACAUUUAGAAGUUCAGAACGAGAAAGUGUAGGCCAUAUAGAAAUAAUUACACUCAAAUAGAAAAAUCAUUCAACCAAAUAAUGAGGAUUUCUAUCAUUCCCAUGGAGGUGUAGAUUACAGCUCACAUUCCAGUGUUUGAACUUGUAUACCAGGCUGCAUGGGAUUUCUGUUAAUGUGACUGUGCAGCCAAUGGCAAUGUCUGCUUUAGAUAUAAUGCCAGGAGUCACUUGUGCAUUUGACAGCUCUAUUGCGGUUCCACUGCUGACACCGCCAAAACAACGCUAUGCAAUUUUCAGCUAAAGAGAAUCUGAUUGAAUAGAGCCCUUAAUUAAUACAUUGUAGCCCAGAGGAGAAACUGAUAUCUCAGUGAUUCCUAAAAGAUGGGACAAUCCCAACUUUAUUUAAUAUUAAACAUUUUAAAUAUAUAUUUAGAAAGUAUCAGCUAUCACACCAUGUAAAGGAACACAUCAGACACCAUAAAAGGCAUUUAACUUUUUUGAUUUAAGUGUUUAAAAGCCUUGAUUGUUUAGUUUUAACAUUGGAUAAUUCAAGUAUGUAAUACACAUCUCCAAAGUUCGAGAGAGAGACAGACAGCUUUGUAAUGCUCCAGGGAUAAUUUUGUUAGCAUUUUGGCAUGUUUUUCUAGAUUCAGAACAUGAAACAACAUUUAUAAAAGCAAACAUUAUCCCUUAGUUCACAGGUGUCAAACUCAUUCCACGGAGGGCCGAGUGUCUGCGGGUUUUCGCUCCUCCCUUGUACUUGAUUGACGAAUUAACAUCACUAAUUAGGUUGUCUAGGGCUUUAUUGAAAGGAAAAACCAAAAACCUGCAGACACUAGGCCCUCAGUGGAAUGAGUUUGACACCCCUGCUUAGAUCUAGCACAGCGAAUAUGUCAAUAGUGUCACGUUCUGACCAUAGUUCUUGUGUGUUUUGCUUGUUUUAGUGUUGGUCAGGAUGUGAGCUGGGUGGGCAUUCUAUGGUGUGUGUCUAGUUUGUCUGUUUCUAUGUUUGGCCUAAUAUGGUUCCCAAUCAGAUGCAGGUGUUUUGUGUUGUCUCUGAUUGGGAAUCAUAUUUAGGUGGCUUGUUUUGUGUUGGGGAUUGUGGGUGGUUGUUUCCUGUCUUUGUGUUUUCUCUGCACCAGAUAAGGCUGUAUCGGUUUGCCACAUUUGUUAUUUUGUAAUGUUGUAAGUGUUGACAGUUUUGUUUUAUUAAACAUGUUGAGCACUGGC